GCAGGUUCUGGUCGUGGGCACAACAAUCCAGAAGAACUGCUCACACCUGUGCCCCAAAGAUGAGGGCCCAGGAGGAACCCGAGGGCACAACACAGAAUGAUUCCCCGGGCCCAGCUGAGACCUCCACGAGGGACCCCCCGAUGUCCGGGCCCACAGGGCCCAAGUUUGACAUGUUGUACAAGAUUGAGGAUGUGCCACCCUGGUACCUGUGCAUCCUGCUCGGCUUCCAGCAUUACCUGACGUGCUUCAGUGGCACCAUCGCUGUGCCCUUCCUCCUGGCUGAGGCGCUGUGUGUGGGUCGAGACCAGCACAUGGUCAGCCAGCUCAUUGGUACCAUCUUCACCUGCGUGGGCAUCACCACCCUCAUCCAGACCACUCUGGGCAUCCGGCUGCCACUGUUCCAGGCCAGUGCCUUUGCAUUUCUGGUCCCAGCCAAAGCCAUCCUGGCUCUGGAGAGAUGGAAAUGUCCCCCAGAAGAGGAGAUCUACGGUAACUGGACCCUGCCCCUGAACACCUCUCAUAUCUGGCACCCACGGAUAAGAGAGGUCCAGGGUGCAAUCAUAGUGUCCAGCAUGGUAGAGGUGGUGAUUGGGCUGACAGGGCUGCCUGGGGCCCUGCUCAGCUACAUUGGGCCUCUCACAGUCACCCCCACUGUCUCCCUCAUUGGCCUCUCUGUCUUCCAAGCUGCUGGUGACCGAGCUGGCUCCCACUGGGGUAUUUCAGCUUGCUCCAUUGUCCUGAUCAUCCUCUUCUCCCAGUACCUGCGCAACUUGACCUUCCUGCUGCCUGUCUACCGAUGGGGCAAAGGCUUCACUUUCUUCCGCAUCCAGAUCUUCAAGAUGUUUCCUAUUGUGCUGGCUAUCAUGACCAUGUGGUUGCUCUGCUACAUCCUGACCCUCACGAAUGUGCUGCCUGCAGAUCCCACAGCCUACGGCUUCCAGGCACGAACAGAUGCCCGAGGGGACAUCAUGGCUAUAUCGCCCUGGAUCCGCAUCCCCUACCCCUGUCAGUGGGGCCUGCCCACAGUGACUGCAGCUGCUGUUUUGGGAAUGUUCAGUGCCACAUUAGCGGGCAUCAUCGAAUCCAUUGGAGAUUACUAUGCUUGUGCCCGCCUGGCUGGUGCACCACCCCCUCCAGUACAUGCUAUCAACAGGGGUAUCUUUACCGAAGGCAUCUGCUGCAUUAUCGCAGGGCUGUUCGGCACGGGCAACGGGUCCACAUCGUCCAGCCCCAACAUUGGCGUCCUGGGGAUUACCAAGGUGGGCAGCCGGCGUGUGGUGCAGUACGGUGCCGGCAUCAUGCUGAUCCUGGGCACCAUUGGCAAGUUCACAGCCCUCUUCGCCUCGCUGCCUGACCCCAUAUUGGGGGGAAUGUUCUGUACUCUGUUUGGCAUGAUUACGGCGGUGGGACUGUCCAACCUGCAGUUCGUGGACAUGAACUCCUCCCGCAACCUUUUUGUGCUGGGAUUUUCUAUGUUUUUCGGGCUCACGCUCCCCAAUUACCUGGAGUCCAACCGCGGAGCCAUCAACACAGGCAUUCCUGAAAUAGACCAGAUUCUAACUGUGCUGCUGACUACGGAGAUGUUCGUGGGUGGAUGCCUGGCUUUCCUAUUGGACAACACAGUGCCUGGGAGCCCAGAGGAACGAGGGCUGAUACAGUGGAAAGCUGGAGCCCAUGCCAACAGCGAGACAUCUGCCAGUCUCAAGAGCUAUGAUUUCCCCUUCGGGAUGAGCAGGAUAAAGAGGAUUGCCUUUCUGAAAUACAUUCCUAUCUGCCCAGUCUUCAAAGGAUUUUCUUCAAAGUCAAAAGACCAAAUUCCAGUUCCAGAAGAUACUUUAGAAAAUACAGAAAGUGGGCCUGUGUCAACAAAGGUCUGAAGUAUCACUCCCAGUAAAGGAAGGAUCGCAUAUAACAGGAAAAGAAAACUACAUGGGAAGUCAGAAGAACUAAGAUGGAAUCCCAGUUCUGGCCCUAACGAAGCUUCCUAUGUAAGCCUGGAUAUGUCAAUCUGGGACUCCAUUUUUGCAUCAAAAAGAUGGGGAAUAAUGGGCCAAUGUCUCUUAAGUGUGUUAGAGUUUUGUGCAAACAUUAUUCUACAUAUCUAAAUCUUUACUUCCUAAGUUGUGUCUGCAUUUAGGGUAGCUGGAAUUUUUCCUCUACUACAUCUUGGAAUAUAAGUUGAUAAAGAUGAAAAGAAAUCAUGAUGGAGUCUAAGACCUAAAAUGUAGGAAUGCUGGGAGGCUUUUAGAUUAAUCUGACUCCGCCUCUUCCCCCUUUCAGUCACUUCAAGACCAAACCACAUUAAAACAACAUUUUGG